AUGGCUGAUCGAGUGAAACAAGUUGCCGCCGAAGAGGCAGAUAACAUUCGAAGGGUGACUGAAGAGGCUGUCAAGUCGCGGGCCUAUCUCUAUCCUUUCAAGGCAAGGCUCUUCCGCCAGCGCAACAUCACGUUUCUGACCGUGCACAGGGAUCUAUGGAGACCGUUGACUUCCAAAUUGGCUCCGACGAUCACACUGAGCAUUGGAGUCACCACGUUCAUGUUCCUCGUGGCGUACGUACCUCAAGCAGCAGUCAUGGCUUUCACUUCUGGGCCCGUUGCAGCCAUCUCAGCGGCCUUGCUUACCCUCAGUGAGAGCUCAACACUCAUCAAUCUCCUCUCGAGAACAUUUUUGAUCGAAGAGGCACUGGUCGACACCUUUGACGGUACCCUUCUUUCCCGAAGUUGCACCAAUCUGGUUGAGGAGGGCAGGCAAAUAAAAGCUGGAGGGGACAACAUUGCCAGACUGGGAAAGCUACUCAAGCGACCAUUCGCAAAAUUUGCUCCCAAUGCCAUCAUCCGGUACCUCAUCUACCUGCCGCUCAACUUCAUACCCGUGGUUGGCACCGUUAUUUUCAUAGCCCUUCAAGGUAAACGAGCAGGGCCAGCCGCUCAUACCAGGUACUUCCAGCUCAAGGAGUGGAACAAGAGACAGCGCGAGACGCACAUUGCGGAACACCGCGGAGGAUAUACUGCGUUUGGAGUGGCGGCUUUUUUGCUCGAGAUGAUACCAUUUGCAAAUCUUAUUUUCGCUUUCACAAAUACGGUGGGAGCAGCUCUGUGGGCUGCAGACAUCGAAAAGAAUGCCACAACGGCUCCAAAGGUCCGUGAGCUGGCUGAGAAGGCCGAGUGA